AUGAAGAGGGGAAUUGACUAUUUGAAUGUUGAUGUUGGUACGGCUCGCCCCUCUCAUUCUGAUGUUGAUGCAGCAUUGCUGACGGCAUGCUCAAUGGGUCAUGUCGUUCCCAAACCUAGGAUGCCAUGGGAAUCCACUCCUUUGAUGCGCCAUGUGAUGAAACGGGAAUCGAUGCCCUGGUUGAAGACCAUGAAGAUCCAUCGAGCUUUGCCUACUGCUGCAUUGAGCCAUGUGAUUGAGCCGGUGUUUGCGAUCGAUAAAAAGAUAGCUAUCAGAGAGUCUUGUGCGAUGCAAGUCGGUAGAAAACGUGAUCCGGAACGAGACAAUGUCCUGCUGAAGUGGGUUGAAGCUUUGCUGCUUCUACCUGAUAGGUCGCGUGUUGGAAAGCAGUUGAUGGUUGUAGAAGUUGCAAGUGAGAACUGUGGAAGGCACCUACAUAUUGUGGCUGAUUCCUUGCAGGGUAAGGCCACCAGGACUUUGGCAUUGCGUGUCUCUUCACUUGUCUUGUACAUCAAGUGGCACAAGUCAGUGGACCCUGAUGGAAGCUUUCUACCUUUUGAUGAAGAUGUGGUUUACAAUUACAUGUGCCACCUGAGAGAUUCUUCGUGUUCUGCUUCUCGUGGCACGACCUUUAUAAGCACUAUGUCUUUCUGUCGUGAUAUCUUGGGAAUGGAAGGUGCUGGUGACUGUGUAUCUUCGGCACGUAUCUCUGGAGCAGCACUAUCCAUGUUCCUUAUGAAACGACCGCUGAAGCAGGCUCCCCCUUUGGUGCCUUACAUGUUGGCCGUGUUGGAAGUGGCAAGCUUCUUCGACAGCAAUGCCUAUGUUAGGUGCUUGGCUGGCUUCUGCUUGUGUUGCAUCUAUGGGCGGAUGCGGGUUUCAGACAUGAACCGCAUUGCCAACAUGGAGGUUCGUGGUGAGUUUGCAGAACUUUGCCUAUUGCGUGUGAAGACCGCGAGGACCAAGGAGAAGCAGACCACUUUCCUUCCGAGUGUAAUCCCGUGCCGUGGUGUUCUUGGGAUAAACUGGUUUGCAGCAUUCUUGUUCAACAGGAAAUUUCUGGGCUUGGAGGAUUUUCCAAGUCCUCACAGCGUGGCGCAAGUUGAUAAUUUUGUGGUACUGCCUUCGGAAUCGUCUCUGCCUUUGGACAACUAUGUAAAGGUCGCCACCUCAGAGGUGACCAAUGGGUUGCGCACCAUUCUGGGUAGAGUAUGUGCUUUCGAGGUGGUUAGAAACUUUACGAGCCACAGCUUGAAGACUACGCUGCUGACAUACCUGGGAAUCAUGGGUUGUGAUUACACCUACACUGAGUUGUUGGGUUACCACCUAACCCAGCAUCGCAGUGCAAUCAACUACCAGCGCAAUGCCUUGUCAGCCCCUCUGCGAUACAUGUGCGACAUGUUGGACAAAGUGCGGGAAGGCGUUUUCGUGCCUUUGGCACCACGUGAUGAAGUAUUUCCAGAAGAGCACCGUGACAUCAUUCUGCAAAUUCGAGAUGCACUUGGCUUGGACCUGGAGUCUCUCAUUGAAAUGUUCCUAGGCCAUGCUGUGUACGAAGUUGAGAAGGAAAACUGUCGACCAGAAGUGAAGCACUUAUGGAAAGUUCUGCAGGACGACGUGGGUGUAAGCCAGAGCAAUGAGCCCAUGGAGCACCAUGGGACCGUGGAACCCCGUGCCAAGGAGUCCGCAAGUUCGACGGUACAUGUGCAUGAUGUCUCGAGCAGCUCAGACGAAAUUGAAGCAAGCCCCACUGACGAAGAAACAGAUUCUUGUUCGUCCUCAGCUGAAAGUGCGUUUGCCGAAGUUGCUAGGAACAAUGGUGGAGCUAGGCUUCAAUCGAAGUUUGCGAUUUCCGAGAUUCUCUACCGGCAUGCUAGGACCAAAAUGGUCCAUAUGGCCAAUGCUGAGAAUUCAGCAAAAACGGCAUGUGGCCGUAUGGUAGGCAGCACGUACAAUCGCUACUAUGGUGAUGCCGUGCCGAUGUGGCAGAUGUUGCCAGCAGCUGGAACCGCUGCAGAGGAGAAGCGCAUGUCAGACACCAUGCUGGACUCAUGUGCAGACUUCUUUGAUAGAGCUGUGAAGCUUGGUGUCACCGACCCCGAGAUACAGAACCUCAAGACUCUGGGCUAUGACACGUUUGGUAAGCUGGCUUUCGCAACGAAUUUUACUCCUGGUCAGGCUGAUGAGUCUUCUUUAGUGCAGUUGGCAAAGGACAUCACUGGAGUUGACCCUCCGCCGUUGAACAGGUUGCCAGUGGUGAGACGACUCUUUUUCGAGAGUUACACACUGGCUGCUGCUGAUAUGCAGCAACGUCUUGAAAGAAAGGAUGAUUCGGUACCAAGAAAGCUUGCUACGGCCGAAAGGGCCGCCAGAUACCAUGACCAGGUCCGGCGUUUAGCCGGCAUAGACAUGUCAGGUGAGUUGGAACCGUCCAAUGCACUCAUCGACUUGGUCUACCACAUGACGGAGGAGGACCAACUUCGUUAUGUGCGCUGGGAGGAGUGCACGAAGAGGGACCAAGAACUCAUGUGGAUCAAAAGCGAUCCAGAUUGGAAGCAAGAUAGCUCAGGGCUGAUUCGCGAGACAAAGGUCCAAGCCGAGUUGCAAGCCGAGACUGAUACAGACCUGAAGCUUCGACUUGCACUUCAACGCCGGUCCCUUGCUUUCGACCAGGCUAGGCUAUGUGAUUACAACACCUUCGAACGUUGGACUCAGGUCAUGAUGGAGGCCUACACCACGAAGCCACCAGAUGGAUACCUCAAAGUCUCGGUGGAGCAAUUGCACCGUGCAGAUUUGCAGUUGUUCAAGCAGAUGAUGAAGGAUACAAGGUCUGGAAUCAAACCCCUUGGAGGCAACAAGCCGGUGGAAGAGACCCUUAAACGGGCGAUCAAUGCUGCCGACGUGCGUCUGUGCCUUCAACCCUUGCAAGGAUCCUCGAAGAGAAAAGCUGAGACACGGGAAGAUGAGCCCAAGAAAGGCAAGGGCUCCAAUGACAUCUCCGUCCUCAAGAAGACUAUCGAGAACUUGCAGGGCCAGGUGAAAAAUCUCCACAAUGCAUCUACGAGCUCGCCCCCUUCAAAGGGAAAGAAGGGCAAAGGGAAAGGACGUGGCAACAUGAUCAAGUUGCCACCACAACUGAUUGGGAUGUCCCCUACGACUGCUCAAGGCACACAAUCAGGUUGGAAGUUCAAUACAGCAGAUGAGGCUGAGUACCCUGCUCUACUCUGUGAACGUGUUGCAGCAAUCAUUGCCAGUGUGGCCAAAAAGCACAGUGUUGUUUUCAUUCCACGUGAACUCACUCAGCCUCAACACCACCUGGAACCCAAACGUCGAGCUGCUGAAGCGGGCCGCCAACCCAGGGGCAAUUUGCUUCCACAGAUCAUUUCUGAGUUCAAACAAAAGCUGACGCUGGCGGUGCCUGCCUCUUAUGCUCGCGGAGCCCCACGACUGCUGACUGCACAAGAGCAAUCUGCCCUGCAACUGCCGUUUACAUCCAAGAUUUUGUCGAUUAAGAAGGGUGAGACCACGACAAGUGUUAAUGCAGAAGAUACAUGUCUUGCUGAAAUUGGCAUAUAUAGGACCCCUGAUGAGUUUCAACAAGUUGCUGCGGACCUACAACAUCCUUUUGAUGGUGCUUCAACGGUUCCUGAUGAUUUGAAACGUGCACUGUUUUGGCUUUUGACGCAGGGAGUGCAUGUGGUACAACAAGAACGGGUCAAGCUUUUCGAACAUUACAAGAUGGCUGCUGAUAAUCUCGCUGAAGAUGAAGCAGCCUUGCACUCUUUGAUUGAUGCCGACCGUGAAGCCCUUAUCCGUGACAAGAAAAUCCUUCUCUUUCAACUGAUGUGUCGCGAUGCUGGAGUGGAUGAUGAAGGAUUGGGUGAUUUGAUCGCCAGUGGAGUUAAGUUGACUGGACAAGGUGAAUACUCUCGGCAAUUCGAGGAAGAACUGAAACCGCCGGCCAUUUCCAAUGUUGAUCUCAUGAGGUCGUCGAAGUGGACUCGUAGAAAGAUAUUGGGGCGCAGCAACCUCCAUGUUCCGGAUAACGUGCGUGAACAAGUCUGGCAAGGAGCACUGGAUGAGGCACAGAAGGGGUGGCUCACUGGUCCCCUCACAGAGCUGGAGCUUCGUGGACAGUUGGGACCCAUGUUUGUCGUUUCUCGCAGAUUUGGCCUGACAAAGUACGGGCAAUAG